AUGAAAACAGGAAAUAAAGAAUUAGAUGAUUUUAUGAUUGAUUCUAUUAUACAAUUACGUAUAAAUAUGGUAGAAUUAACAAAAGUUGGAUAUUAUUGUGAAGAUUUUAAAACAAAAUAUAUUCAAAAUUUUUCAAAAUUUUAUACUACUGAAACAACCUUAAAAACUAUUCUUGAUGAAGAUGAUGAUAUUAAAAAUAAUGAUUGUAAUGAAUUUGAUACUGUUUUAACUGAUGAAUGUAAACAAAUUGUAAUUGAUAAAAGUAAUGAACUAUUAAUAAGUUUUUUGAAUGGUGAACAAUCAUUGUUGCAAGUAUUAAAUAAUCCAAAAAAUAUUGUUAAAUCUUCAUAA